AUGGAUGAGCGGGUCACGCUGCUGGACCGGCGACACGAGCUGCCGAGCGCCAACAUCCAGCAGGCGACGCCCACGGGAGAGAGAAAGCCCCUCCCCCCCCACAUCCACCCUGUCCUCGCCCCAGAGGCUCAUGGGAAACCCGACCAGCAACCUCCACCUCUUCCGCUGCCGCGCUCCCCGCCCCCCGCCCCGCCCCGCCCCGGCUACACCCGGCCGGCCCCGCCUCCUCGCGGCGCCACGCCCCCCUUCGGGGAACCGGAGGUACCGCCGCAGUACAGCUACCGGCCCAGCAGGGGGUGCCGGACCGGCUUCUUUUGCUCCGGACCGGAGGCCACGCAGACCACGCCCCUUCUCCAGAGAGCAGGAAGCGGGGACAGCGCGUGGUCCGUUCACUACACUACCCAGAAGCCCCAGCAGGGUCCUGCAAAAAGACGAUCCAGCGGUGCUAAUGACCCGCAAGGUCAAAGGUCAACAGCAGACAGUGUCUUAGCAUGUAACGGGCUAACUCGGCAUGACGACAGUCAGCCACUCAGCUCUCAGAGCCACGCCCCGUGCUCCUCCUCCUCUGGCAUUGACCAAUCAGAGGGCAGCACAGCACGCAGAGGCUGGAAGGACAAAAGCAGGAGGAUGAGGUGCAGAGUCCUGAACUUUCUCUCUCAGUCCUGCCUCCCACUUUGUUUCAAGUUUUCAGUUUGGAGGAGAACGUCCACAGACGAGGAGUUGAUCUGGAACAACACGCGACCUCUGACCCCACUGGUCCUCAACCCCGACCACCGCACCUCCUGUUGGGAUGUCUUUGGCUCCGCCUCCGUGGACCUGGAGGUGCAGCCGCCCCCCCGGCUUCCCACCCCGGAGGAGAGGACGAGGCGGCAGGCGGAGGCAGUCGCCGUGUCCAUGGUCCCGAUCAACAUCACAGGACAGAGUUUUGAUCGUCAGGCCAGUUUUCGUAAAGCGGCUCCUAACAACGACUCGAUGUCCCAGCGGCCCCGCAAGACGGUCCCUGGGAGACCUGAUGAUGUCAUCAGCCGUGCUCCAGACCCGGUCUCUCCGGACCCCCCCGGUCCGUUAUCCACCGUGGGUCGGCCAGCCUCCUCCCGACGACAGGAGGGAGGAGCAGGGGAGGAGGAGCACUCUGCAGCCAGGAGGAUCCGAGCCCAGAGAGGUCUGGGGCCGGCCAGCCUCACGGCCUCCCUCACGGGCUCGUCCUCCUCAGAGGGGACCACCUCCUCUCUGAACUCUGAGGCCUGCAGGGCAGUCGGUGGUCAGGCUCUUCAGUGUUUCCCCAACGCCCUCCGACCCCCGCUGGCAUCUGACCCCACUGCCAGAGUGGUACCCCAGUCCCCUGCCUCCUCCUCCUCCACCUCCUUCCCUUCUUCCCCCAUCGCCUCCUCCCUCCUCAGUGGCCCUAGCCGUGCCCUGCAGGCGGCCUGGCCUCACAUCGGCCUCAAGCCCUUGAAGGAGGCUGACUGCCCUUCCCCUUUCUCCUCCCACUACCGCUCCUCUUCCUCCGCCUCAGAGUCUCAGUCCAGCCACCAGGAGCCAGGUGACCGGAGUCCCCCCCAGCAGGACUCCCAAGACUCCUCCGAUGGGGAGGUCUGGAGCUACCGGCCCCUCUGGGCCAGCGUCAGCCAGGAGCCGAGCUGUGUUUGUGGGGGAGGGGGGAGCGGUGACCCCCUGCUCCCCCCCGCUCCCUCCACCCCGUCUCAGCUGUGUCCAGAGAGGAGGACCUCCUCUCCUCUGCUGAACCAAAGGAGGUCCAGCUCCUCCUCUUCUCUCUCCACCAACAGCAGCAUCUCCUUCCGCAAGUCCAAGCGCCCGCCUCCGCCACCGCUGCGCUCCGACUCUUUGAGGCGCCGGCCAGGCCAGCCCCCCCGCCCUGAGCCCCCCACCCAGCCGCCUCCUGAGGCCCUCUCUGACCCCUGGGUGCCCCGGAUCACCAAGCGCCGUCAGAAGGGCUUCCAAUGUGGCACAGUGACAACCUUUGGACCUCGGACCCCGGACUGCCAGGCGGAUACCGUUGACCCGCCUUCCGAGCAGCUACCACCAAGCCCCGCCCACUCCCAUGACCACGCCCCCACUCCUCUCAACCCCUCCUCAGUGGCUGAGCUCCAGCACCUCGCCCCGCCCUCCAGUGGCAACACUCCUGUCUCCUCCCCCAUGUCCAGCAGAAUGUCUCGGGGUGAAGAAAGGCCAAAGCCCCCGGUGCCAGAAAGGAGGUCCUCUCUCCUCUCUACCCUCUCCUCCUCAUUUUCUUCCACCUCCUCCCUCUCUUCUUGCACCUCCUCAGACUCUUCUGCCAAGCAUCUUCCUCCUCCUCCUCCACCUCCUCUGUCAGAGGGUUCCUCUCCUUUCUUUCCCUUCCUCUACUCCCCCUUUCGCAAGUGUCCUCCUCCAGCUCCUCCUCUUCCUCAGCCCUGCCUGUCUGCUUCCUCCUUCACCGAACUUUCACCUGCUCCUCCUACUCCACUUUUAUCUCUUCCUCCCCCGCCUCCUCCUCUCCCACCCUCAUCCCUUCUAACUCCUCCUUCUCGUCCUCCUUCCUCUCGGCCUCCUCCUCCCCCCUACUCCUUCACCUUCAGGCAGAACUCCCAUCAUGCGUUGGUGUCAUCAUCAAAUAACCUCCCUCCACCUUCAUCUUACCCUCCUCCUCUUCCCAUUUCAGAACUCCCAGAAUGUGCACUUGCUUCCCUUUCUCCUCCACCUGCUCCACCCUCCUCCCCUGCUGCCCCCCUGAGCGCCACGCCGCCCUGCCCCCUGGUGGCCACCCGGGCUCUGCAGGGCGUCACGCUUCGCCCCGUCCUGAGCCAGGAAGGCGUCAUCGCUGAUGAAGAGGAAACGCCGCGCAGGUCCAAUCAUGACGACGCCCGCCUCCUGAGGAACGAUGACUCCUCUCAUGCUAAGCUACGGGGUCGUGUUGCUAGCACAGCGGACCAGAGGAGCUCUGUUCCUCAGCUGACCAACAACGAAACUCCUCAAGACUUCAACGGGCCAGAGAAGACAGACGUGUCUGCUCCACCGGCCAGUCCUGAUGGAGCCCGGGUCAGAAACCACGGCAACACAAGCAUCCAGCAUCCUUUGGUCACAGAUCAAGUGUUAGCCGGUGCUAAGCUAACUGCGGCUACAAAGAAGCAGGGAAACGCAGACUCUUGGUCCCGGAGCCUCUCUGAAACGAGACCCCAGUCCCCAAGAGAAUGGAGGCCGAGGCCGCUGGACAGCGAAGAGGACACGGAGACCAACGACAAGAAGAAUCCACACAUGUGUCACGAUGCAGCUGAAGAUUCCUCCGCUUUGAGGGAAGUGGAGGAGGUCUGUGGGAGGCGGGGCUCCCCGGAGGAGCCCACCCUUUGCAUUGUGGGUCUCAUGGCGUCUCCCGAGGACCUACGAGGACGCAGGUCUUCUCCUGGGCUCAACAGCCAAUCACAGCUUCCAGCUGAUUCCUCCUGCACACCUUUGCCCUCCGAUAUGCCUUCCCCAAAUCACCUGGCGCCCACCACCUCACCCGGUGGCAGUGACCCGCCGGUCGGCUCUCCUCAGAGGCAGAAGCCCCCAGAUCGCUCACCCCAAAGCACUGAGCCUCCCUCUGGGACCAGGGGCACCGCGAGGGCUGGAACCACUUCAAACAGCACCAUGGGGGCCAUGGGCAUGUCUGGGAACUCUGGCCCCUCAGGGAUCAUCGGUACCACAGAGACCCGGGGUCGGAGAGGGACUUGGAACCCUUUGGAUGAGACCACAAGUACGAAGAACCGUGGAACGACUCGGGGUCCCGUAGAGACCUGGACCACCUUGGCGACCACGCCCCCCGGGGUCAUCCAGACCACCGGACUUCCUCAGGAUGCUGAGAAAACGCUUCAGACGAACAUGAUGAGCUCGUUGCUGUCUGAGGAGGAAGGCGAAGAUGAGAAGGAGACGGUGGAACAGAGAGGGAUGAAGACCUCGAUGAUGCCAUCAACCACCGGGGGAAAAGACAAAACAAGGAGGAGGAAGAGGAGGAAGAGGAGGGCAGGAAGUCAUCUGCUCAUGGUGUCAACAAUAAGGCCCUCCCCCUCCUCCUCCUCCUCAUCGUCCUCUGGAGAUGAACAGGACGUCAAAGAGGGAUCAAGUCAGAAGGCGAGGAUGGCGACGCCAUGCGAUCAAGACUCUCGUGACUGUGAGAACUCCUGCGCUCUGAUUGGCCGGCGGUCCACCAACAGCCUGCGAGGAAAGACUCAAGACCUGCUGAUACAUGAGGAAGAGGAGGAAGAGGAGGAAGAGCGAAGCCAGAAGGGAACUGACAAGAGGGGGGGGGCCAGAGGAGCGUUGAAUCAAGACCUGUUGGUCAACGCAGAUCACCUGGUCAGCCGAGCCCGGACCACCGAGGAUCUGUUCACCACCAUCCACAGGUCUAAGAAGAAGAUGCUUGGAAGACGGGAUUCAGAAGUCGACCGCCAUCUCGUGUCCUCUCCCUCUGGCCCCGCCCCCCUCGCUGCUGCCGGCAGUCAGAGCUCAGUGAGGCGCUUCAGGGCCCUCCUGCUGAGGACGGGAAGUCGUUGGGAUUCGUCUUCUCGAAUCUCGGCCGUUGAGCAACUUCGGAAACUCGCUUCUCCUCCGAGUACUGACGAUCUCCACAGUGUGCCGCAACCGCUGUUAGCACAACCGCUGCCACCGCAACCGCUGUUAGCACAACCGCUGCCACCGCAACAGCUGUUAGCACAACCGCUGCCACCGCAACCGCUGUUAGCACAACCGCUGCCACCGCAACAGCUGUUAGCACAACCGCUGCCGCCGCAACCGCUGUUAGCACAACCGCUGCCGCCGCAACAGCUGUUAGCACAACCGCUGCCGCCGCAACCGCUGUUAGCACAACCGCUGCCGCCGCAACCGCUGUUAGCACAACCGCUGCCGCCACAACCGCUGUUAGCACAACCGCUGCCGCCGCAACCGCUGUUAGCACAACCGCUGCCACCGCAACAGCUGUUAGCACAACCGCUGCCACCGCAACAGCUGUUAGCACAACCGCUGCUACCGCUGCUGCUGCUACCGCUGCCGCCGGCCGGCCAUCGCCCCUCAGGUCCAUGUGGCGGGAACACCAGCCUCCCUCUGGACACGCCCACGUCUCUGUGCAGUCAGAAGUUCUCCAUGAUCGGAUUAGGAUGGGGGCGAAAGGAUCUGAUGCACAAUCACCUCCUCCUCACCUCCUCUUCCUCCUCCUCCCACUUCCUCUCUUCCUCCUCCAUGCGGCCUCGCUCCCUCACUCCCCCCUGCUCCUCCAGCCGCCACUUUGCCGCCCCGAUGACCGCCAUCACUGAAGGAGAGAGCGAGGAGGAAGAGGAGGACCACGUGGUUUUCAUGGAGUCUUCGGGAACCGAAGGAGAACUGGACUGGACUGGACUGACUGUUCUUUACUGGACUGACUGUUCUUUACCGGACUGACUGUUCUUUACCGGACU